ACGCGCGUGCAUCUGCCAUUCUGUGUGCGCGCGCAUUAUAACAACCCUUUGGUUCACGUGCGGAAAAAGACUCUGGGGUGGGGAAGCAGUGACUUGUGGGAUGCGGCAAGAGAGACUGACACAGAAAGAGUGAAACAACAGCGACGAGAGGAGCGGGAAAGAAAAGGAGGAUAGCAAUAAAACAACCCGUUUUUACGGUUAAUUUAGCUAGCGCGUGACAUUCAGGUUUGCUCAGACACUGGAAGAAAAAGUUCAGAUCCCACGAAACAGCGCGUGGGAGUGGGAAGCAGGAUCGUGACUGACUGAGGCAAGCUCCACUGUCUGUCUCGUCAUGGCAGGACCUGGAGGUGACAUGCAGUGGUGCUUCUCUCAGGUGAAGGGAGCCAUUGAUGACGACGUAGCUGAAGCGGACAUCAUAUCCACAGUUGAAUUUAACCACACAGGGGAGCUGCUAGCUACUGGAGACAAGGGUGGACGUGUAGUCAUUUUCCAGCAGGAAAUCGAGAAUAAGAAUCUGCCUCAGUUCCGGAGUGAAUACAAUGUUUACAGCACUUUCCAGAGCCAUGAGCCAGAGUUUGACUACUUGAAGAGUUUGGAAAUAGAAGAGAAGAUCAACAAGAUUCGCUGGCUUCCCCAGAAGAAUGCCGCUCAGUUCCUGUUGUCAACUAACGAUAAGACAAUCAAGUUGUGGAAAAUCAGUGAACGAGACAAGAGGCCAGAGGGCUAUAAUCUCAAAGAGGAGGAUGGACGCUACAAAGACCCCAACACUAUCACGUCACUGCGGGUACCGGUUUUAAUACCCAUGGACCUCAUGGUGGAAGCCAGUCCAAGGAGGGUGUUUGCCAACGCUCACACCUACCAUAUCAACUCUAUCUCAGUCAACAGUGACGACGAGACGUACCUGUCUGCAGAUGACCUCCGCAUCAACCUCUGGCACCUCGAGAUCACCGACCGCAGCUUCAAUAUUGUUGACAUUAAACCGGCCAACAUGGAGGAGCUAACGGAGGUGAUCACAGCAGCCGAGUUCCACCCUCAUCAGUGUAACACCUUUGUCUACAGCAGCAGCAAAGGAACCCUCCGUCUGUGUGACAUGAGGGCAUCAGCACUGUGUGACAAGCACUCCAAAUUGUUUGAGGAGCCAGAAGACCCCAGUAAUCGCUCCUUCUUCUCUGAGAUCAUAUCAUCAAUCUCAGAUGUCAAGUUUAGCCACAAUGGGCGCUACAUGAUGACCAGAGACUACUUGUCUGUUAAGAUUUGGGAUCUGAACAUGGAAAACAGGCCUGUGGAGACCUAUCAGGUUCAUGAGUACCUGAGGAGCAAGCUGUGCUCGCUGUACGAGAAUGACUGCAUCUUUGAUAAGUUUGAAUGCUGCUGGAAUGGCAAUGACAGCGUGGUGAUGACUGGCUCAUACAACAACUUCUUCCGGAUGUUCGACCGUGGCCAAAGGCGGGACGUAACCUUGGAGGCCUCGCGCGAAAACAGCAAGCCCAUGCAGGUCCUCAAGCCUCGCAAAGUGUGCGCAGGCGGCAAGCGCAAGAAGGAUGAAAUCAGCGUGGACAGUUUGGACUUCAACAAGAAGAUCCUUCACACUGCCUGGCAUCCCCAGGACAACAUCAUCGCCGUGGCGACGACCAACAACCUCUACAUAUUCCAAGAUAAAGUGAACUAACACCGGGGUGGGCUUAUGUGAGAUCUGGCGUGGGUGACAUCACGCACCUGCAGCCUCGCAGCAGCCUCACUCAGAGUGGUAACGCCGACAACCAGCAUCCCUGUCCGUCGCUACUGGGUGACCAGACUUUGCCACUUUGUUCUAGAUGUGGACAGAGGAAGCCUCGCUCUUGCCCAUCAUCAGCCUGUCUGUGGCAGAGUAACACCUGCCUUGUAGUUUAAGUGAUGUGCCAAUUUUUUUUCCCCCUCUCCCUUUGAUAUGGCGUUUUUAUUUUAUUUCUAUUUUUCUGCCAGCCCACCUGCCCUUUUCUUACCCUUGGAGUAACAUGGGUAAAAAGUUUAAUUUCCUUAAAAUUCUGAAUACAGACACACUUAUUUUUAUAACUUUUUCCCCCAAAAUCUCUGGUAAAAAAUGAGAAACACUUAUUUAGUACGUCCCUUUAUUGUCCUGUGCCAUUGUAGUGUUUAUUUUU